AUGUCCUAUGGUAGACUGUUUGUAGAAUCGUGUCGGUUCUGUGGAGGUGAUGGUGUUGCUGGGACUUUGGAGACCAACAUGGACAGGUGUGAAUGUUUGCGCAAACUUGUGUUUGAGACGAGCGAUCUUGCCAAAGUAAUAUCGGCUAACGACGCUAAGGACACGCAGUUGACGAUUACUCCGACUCACAGUGAUGUACAACACGAGGUGUCCCUCAAAAUAGGACCACUGAGUGAAAAUGUGCGGGACAAAGAUACAAGCAAAGAACGUAUGGUGGUCCAGUCUCUCCUUCCCCAGAUCCAAGCGGAUGCCAUCCCCUCGCCGACGAUUUACGAACAAGACGAAGCUAACGAUGGCGGAUAUUGGAACUGGUCAUAUUGGGAUCCUGAUACGAAACAGUAUAGCUUCCAGUUGUUCCGUUUGACUUGUUGAUGUUGCGUACUAACCAGUGCAAUCUCCUUUUCUUGUUAUGGUUUUGUUCUUCUACGUCCCGAAUUGUUUGGAUCAACUUCAUCCUGAUAAAUUUAGCUUUCAUCUCAUGCCGUCUUCAGAGGUGUAUGCCGCAUGAGAUCUCGUGAUAUUAUUCUGAUCCAAGAAAUUUCGAUUCACAUUUUGGACGGUAAAUGACCUGUCAGCACCAAAUUUACCACUCGUGUAAACUUCCCCUUGCUCC